GACACAGAGACUCACCACAGACAAACAUGCCCAAAGACUGGUGCGAUUACACGAGUGAGGACGACGAACUCUUGUACAGCCAGGAGUUCAACCUGAUGGAGGCGUUGGGAUUAACACCUACCAACCCACAUCAGGCCUCUGGGCCACCAGAACAGGUGGUCCACACCUUUCAAAAUCCUCAAGAGUUUCUAACUCUUGAGGAGUUAGAACGGGAGCAGCUUGGACCUCAACACCACCAGAGGUCCAAGGAGGACGAGGAGAAGGGCAUGGCUUUAGUCAUGUCUCGACUCCAGGCUGCCUCAGCUGUUCAGGCCAGAGCCAGAGAAGAUCUGUUCAUCCAACCAGAUGAACUGAACAACCAGCCUCAGUCCCGAGAUAUUGAGGGACUGGAGAAACAGGUCGCUGACCUGACAGCGCUGUUGCAGCAACACGUAGACGAUUCCUGCAGAAAAUCAGCAGAGUGGGAAACAGAAAAGCAGAGACUCCAGCAGGACUCUGCUGAUCUGAAUUCCAAACUCCAGGAAAAGUCUUUGGAAAAUACUGCUCUGAGAGAACGCAACUCUCACCUGGAGCGUACUCUGGCCCAACUUGAAACAGACAGGUCAUCUCUGGAGCUCAGACACCAAAAGGAGGCUGAGCUGAAGGCCCAGAGGCUCCAGGAACUAGAGAACAUGCAGACACAGGUCCAAAACAUUGUGCAGACCCGUGAGAAGCUGCAGGACUGCCUGAGGAGGUCUCAGGAAGAGCACUCCAUCCUCAAAAAAAGGUACGGGGCUCUGAAGAAGGAACUGGUGCAGGAGGUGGAACAGGAGAAAAACAUCAGUGCUGAGCUCCAGAAAGAAAAUGCCACCAUUCUGAAGUCCUGCCAAGUGCUAAGCAUAGAGCGCUCCCUGCUGGAGGAGAAGUGCAGUGGACUAGAGGAGCUACUCGAGACCUUCGAGAAAGAGUGCUCCCUGCUAGAGACAAAGACCACUGCCCUCCAACAGCAGGUCGAGCAGGAACAUCAGCUGAAGACUGCUUUAGAAGAAGAGAAAUCAGCUCUCGUAAACACCUGUGAGAAGCUGAACACAGAGCUCUCCCUACUGCUCCAAAGAUUCAACGUCUCGGAGGAAAAGUAG